AUGAGAAAUAGUCCAUAGAAGCCCAUCAGUAACCCGGAAGUGAUCAUUUCCAAUUCCUACAGUUAAUUUUUAUUAUGCUCAAAACCAUCCUUCGCGCUUUGAGGGAAAACCCUAGAAUUUUUCCCUUUUAUCCAUUGCAGCUCUAAUUUCCCGAUAAAAAUCAAACUUCUCCAGAAGCAGUGGAGUUUUGGAUGAAUUGCAAAAGCCCUAAUUAAAUUUUAUCGGAGAGUGGCAGUGAAAUUACAAUGGACGCGAAGGACAUCCUUGGGCUGCCCAAAACUCCGUUGCCAAUACCCCAGGAGAAGAAAUCACGUCCCCAGAAAGAUUCCCAGAGAAAGCCCGAUGGCAUUUCUCGCGAGGUUUAUGCCCUUACAGGUGGGGUGGCUCCGCUUAUGCCUUCCAUUGAUGUCUCUCAAUUGAAACGACGCCCACCAUCCGACGAGAAGAUCACAUGGCAGUGGCUUCCUUUCACAAGCUCUGCCCGAAAGGAUGAUUUGCAACUUUACCACUGGGUGAGGGUCGUAAAUGGUGUUCCACCAACCGGUGAUUAUUCCUUUGCUAAGUACAACAAGUCUGUUGAUGUUAUCAGAUACACAGAUGAGGAGUAUGAGAAGUAUUUAACUGAUCCUAAAUGGACCAAGGAAGAGACAGAUCAAUUGUUUGACUUGUGCGAACGGUUUGAUCUCCGCUUCAUCAUUAUAGCUGACAGGUUCCCAACACACCGGACUGUGGAGGAACUGAAGGAUCGAUAUUAUAGUGUGUCUCGAGCCAUUCUGGUUGCUAGGGCUCCAUCUCCUGGAGAAGUUGCAGGGCAUCCUCUUGUUAAGGAACCCUACAAUGUUACUCAAGAGACUGAACGCAAGCGCGCUUUAUCAAUGGUCCUUUCUCAAACAAAGCACCAAGAGCGGAAAGAUGCCGAGGUUCUUGCUGAAGCAAAAAGAAUAGCCGAGUCACGUAUGGCGGCACGGGCUGCCGAAGAACCUGAUUUGCCUGUCCCCUCAGAUGUUGGUCCUGAAAGUGCUGAGGGGGCUGUUGGUCCUGGAGAUACUAUAUCUCCGGCCAAUGUCCAAGCUCCUGCUGCAGCCAUUGCACCUUCUACCUCAGUAAUAGCUGAUAAUGCCUCAACUCUUGCUUCCUUGCGUAUGCUUCGGGUAUAUUUGAGAACUUAUGCACUUGAGCAAAUGGUCCAAGCUGCAAGCUCCUCUGCUGGACUUCGGACCAUCAAGCGGGUUGAGCAAACCUUACAAGAUCUUGGGGUUAAUUUAAAGCCAAAGGUUCCAACAAAGGCCGUUUGUGCUGAGCAUCUUGAAUUAAGAAAAGAAAUUCUAACGUUGCUAAAUCUCCAGAAACAGUUGCAAUACAAGGAGGCAGAAGGUUCAUCUUUCCGUGAUGGUUCCUAUGGUGAUAUGCCAGGCACUGCAAAGCGACCGCAACGUGCUGCUGAUCAGGACCGUACAUUUGUCCCCGACACCAUUAGUUUUGGAGUAAUUCCAGGUGAUAGGGUUGUCAAGAGGGAGCAAAAACGAAAGGGACCUGGGAGAACAUCUGAGACUCCAUCUUCACCAGCGGGAGCUCAUAAAAGACCAAGAAAGAUGAAAGCUUCUGAUCUAUAAAACAGGAUUUCAGGGUCAUUGCCAACCCCAUUGUUACUCUACCAUUGGUCAUUGGAAGCAGAUGAACAAGUUCCAUAGUUUUUGACUACCAAGUUCUCUCUCUCUCUUUCUCUUUUCUUUUUUAACCCUUUAACCAGGCUUUGUAAGUUUGUGUAGUCAAGUAGGAAAAAGACAUCUUUUUGAAUGAAUAUGCAUAAAGCAUCAGGAUCCAAAAAAACCAACACGUAUUUUUCACCCAUUUUGCUUAGCUGAGAGAGUUGGGUAUUUUAUUUUGUAAAUGUUCAUAUUUCUAUCCAGGAGCAACCUAGUUAUUCUGUCGUGGUAAUUAAUUUUUAAUUUAUUUUUAAACAAA